CCUCGCAGUUUCAGCGCCCGCGUCUUGGGUAUGGUGUGGGCAGGAUUCGCCAUGAUAGUUGUAGCAUCUUACACUGCCAAUUUGGCAGCUUUCCUCGUUUUGGACCGACCAGAAACGUCCCUCACAGGCAUCAACGACGCGAGGCUGAGAAACCCAAUGGACAACUUUAAGUAUGCAACGGUAAAAGGAAGCUCGGUGGAUAUGUAUUUUCGACGGCAAGUGGAACUAUCAAACAUGUACCGGACGAUGGAGGGAAAGAAUUAUGACAGUGCAGAAGAAGCCAUAGCAGCUGUCAAGUCAGAUGCUCUGAGCGCGUUCAUUUGGGACUCGUCCCGCCUGGAGUACGAGGCCGCCCAGGACUGCAACCUGGUGACUGCCGGCGAGCAGUUCGGCCGCUCCGGCUAUGGCAUCGGGCUGCAGAAGCAUAGCCUAUGGGCAGACCAGGUCACCCUGGCGCUGCUGGGAAUGCACGAGAGUGGUUACAUGGAAGAACUGGAUAAUCGCUGGAUUUUACAAGGCAGUGAGACGUGCGAAAAAAACGAAAAAUUUCCCGCUACUCUGGGCUUGAAGAAUAUGGCAGGGGUCUUCAUUCUGGUCGGGGCCGGCAUCGUGGGUGGCGUCGGCCUCAUCAUUAUCGAGAUCAUUUACAAGAAGCAUCAAACGAGAAAACAGAGAAGACUAGAAGUGGCUCGACAUGCCGCAGACAAGUGGAGGGGAGCCGUUGAGAAAUCGCCGUUGGGCACUGUUCCCAAAUCCCUCUUUUCCAAAGGCGUGAACAAAGAGGAGAAGAAGAAAACCUUACGCGCCACUCUGCAAGCCCAGAAGCGACUUCGAGCCAACGGUAUGGAUGCACCCUACACCAUCGAGCAGGGAAUGCUAGGACUCAUGGCUCAACCGAGCAGCCAAGGGGCUCCCGACCGCAACAGACCAGCCCCUCGCAUGAGACUAGGACAGCCCAUGGAACUGGAGGCUAUCCGAACCCCGGACAUCGACACGGAUAUUCAGCACCUUCCACCGCCUCCACCGCCCCCUGCUUCGAGUCCUGCAGUUCGGAUGCGGGAGCCACCACCCAUUCCACCGCCCGUUGCAAGCCCUGCAGUCCGGAUGAGAGGUGGAAGGAUACCUUACAGUCCGCGAGGCAACCAACCAAAAGAAACCUUUGACAUUCCAGUUUAAAAGGCACAUAGCAUUCCUUCUCCUAAUACUUGCUUCCACCUCAUAAAAAACAUUGUCGCUCCCUAUGUGUUAAAUGAUUCCAGCAAAAUCUCUCAUAGCAAAGCGGAAAAGUCACCAAUAUUUUAAGGAUAUCGUCGAGUAAUUGAAAUUCCGAAUCAGACUUCCAAAUGAAAGUCAAUUUGUCAUGUUUAUUAGAAGACACAAUUAUAGUCGAAAACCAUUCUCUUUAACUCCAACUCCAAUAAUUAGUCACGCGAUUUCAUGCUGUUCGAGUGAUGCAAAACUUGCAGCAAUUGUUAAUAGGGAAUGCUGCAAUUCUGCAUAUUUGGUCUAACGCUUUUAAAAUGCUAGGAUACAUAUUAAGGAAAGAGCAUUCACGCGCGAGCUUGUUGCUUAGCUCUGCUUUAGAUUUGUAUCUAAAAUUCGUUUCUUAUACAUUAGCAAGCACAUCCAAACAGUUUAUUAAAAUGAAAGAAUAGAUUCAAAAAUUUAACCAAUUGGAAACUCAUUUCCUUUUUAAAUUUUUGCUGUUAAACUAGUUUAUUUAUUUAUUCCAAAUUGCUUGGCAUAUUCUUGCAAUUGUCAUAGACUUCGCCUUAAAAAUUUCUAUUUGAUAUUAUAACGACUUCUUUUAGGAGGGAGGGGAUAUCCGAAUAGGACUAAAAACAAAACACACAAACUUAUACUAGCAUAAAAUAAAACUUUAAAAAAAGACCAGAACCAGAAAAAAGAACAUUAAAACAUAAGAAAAUCUCUACUAUAUGCUUAAAAGUGUUACGCUGUUCCUGAUUUACUCUGUUUCUGAUUUUACCUGAAAGUAGUUGGACAGAAUGAUUAAAAGUCAUAUUGUAAUAACGUAGUUCUUUUUCAGAACUCUCGAAAUCAUAGUACACUGGCAUACUUUCCGCCGGAAAUGGCAAAAACAAAAUGCUAGAUAGUCUUAUUAUACCAAUAUAAUGUCUUUCCAAAAUAACUAAGGCGUAUAAAAUUCUUCAGAUGCCUGAAGUUCAUUACACCGGCAUAGUUUCCUUUAAACUAACUUCAACAAUAUGUUUCGAAAUCUUAUUUCACUAAUGUGAUUUAGUCAAAAAAGACAGAAUAUUGGCAUUCAUCUAAAUGUUCGAAAAUUUAAUAACUGGCACAGUAUUCUUAAAGGAUUAAGACAAAUGCUCGAAAAUCUUAUUACCUUAUACCACAGUUGCUUUGCAAAAAGACUAUAAUAUUAUUAUUAUUUUAAAUAUCUGGAAAUUGUAAUACACCAGUCCAAAUUCCUCCAAAAGUUAGCAAAAGUGCGUGAUUUCAAAUACACUAGGAUAAAAAUCUGUGAUUCGGAAAUAACUAAGAUUUGAUUAUCUAAUACAAGCACUUUUUCUGCGUCAGGUACUUUGAGAGAUUCUCAUCAUCUCUGUCCUUUAGAAAAACGAAGAAAUGCCUGUCGGAUAUUUAGGACUAAAGUCACCAAUAUUUUUGCGGCUUACUACAAAGCACGCAUGCGCACAAAAGGCAUAAUACGUUCAAUAGCAGCUGCUGUAGAACUUCAUUAACAUUAAAACAAAACUGCUUUGCGCGUGGUGUUUGCUCGAGCAAAUAGCAAGCCUCAAGAACUCAACAGAACCUGAUAUAUUUUACUCGCUUUUAUGGAAUAUUUUUUUGUGAUUGCAAGCAUUUCUGUUCAGAACUUUUGACGUCACGACAAUGGACAAAAGUAAUCAGUAGGCAGAAUCUGCUGGACAGAAAUAUAUGUCGUCGAACCUCAGGACUGCAUAAAGGCGAGGAAAAAUCUCCAUAGAAAAAUAGAUUUUUUUUAGAAUCACUGUAAAAGUUUCUCGCAUGCCCGUUAGAAAAGUUGGAUGCAUAACUCAAACAUUAAUGUAAAUUCACCAGAAACAGAGUCUUGAAAUUAUUGCCAGUUGCAUAUAAAACAAAAAAUAUUAUGUGGAAAUGUUCCUUUAAGCUAAAAAAGGUGUCUUUUCAAGAAAUUAAUUUCAAAGUAUUUGAAUCUAGUUUCCUUUGCAGACAGAACUAAUGGAGGUCAUAUCUAAUGCUUAAUGUAUUAUGCAUUUUCCUUUUAUCUGCACUUCAAGUAACUGUAUUAAAGAAUUAAAUAAAUCUUCUAUUGGUGGUUUCCUAAAUGUCAAAACCAUUUUUAGUAUGAUAAAUUCAUUUAAAACAUCAAAGAAAUGCUGGCAGAAAAAUACUGAAAGUAAAUAUAUCACAUUUAGUAGAAGUUUUGUAAGUUAAAUUUUCAGUUUUAAAUUGAAUUUUAAGUUUUAAUAAAGCUAAACUGCGCAUUAUAAUUUUUAUUCAAAUUUUUACAUAGAUGUAGAAGAAAGAUGUAAAACUAUCAGAACUUUAAAACUGCUUGAAAAUACUACAAAUUGAGUAAAGUCUUAGCCAGCUCUGUUUUACUGUAUUGUGGAAAAUUCUCAACGGCUAUCUGCCUUAAAGGUGAUGCCCUCGUAGCAGAUUUCAUAAAAAAGGCCUGGUGUUUAUUCACAUUACAGAUGAGGAAAACACCAUAGAGGCAGCCAGUUAAGAUCACUGGGUUCUAGAAGACUGUCACUAAAUGAUGAUAUUCACUUUACCACUGAGAACUGAUUCGAAUUAAAGAAGUGAUUCCUACAAAAUUAAUAGUACUACGAUUUAUGCUGUUAUUCAUCAGCAAAUAUAGUUUCCAUUACCUUUUUAUAUAUGCAUUAAAGUGGAUACAGGUACAAAUGGAAGAAAAGUUUGCAACGAAAUAAGAAUACCAAAUAUUAUUUCUCUAUCAGAUUUGAUAUACUAUGCAGAGAAGGGGUAAAUGUCAAAAAUUCAAAUACAAAAAAAAAAAAAUAAAUAAAAAAUAAAAAAAAGUUUUAAAGAACUUUGUGGUUCCGUUAAUAGUGCAAACUUAACUAUGUUUAUAAUUUAUAUAUUGUACCUUUUUUCAACGCCUUGCAAACUGUACGAAAUGGAUAUCCGCUUUCUAUGGGGUGCGAGGAACUUUCCGUAGAUUUCUACUAGGAUAAAGACAGAAUCAUCUACCAAGAAAUCAAAAACUGUACGGAUUCUUUAGGAGCUCCAUUUCAUUAUAUGUUAAAGAUUUUAGAUAUAUAUUAUCUAUACAUAUAUAGUAUAUAUAUAUAUAUAUAUAAUAAAUAUAUAUACACAUUGGAAUAUUUACAACUCUUGGAGUGGUAAGCAACGCAAAAAAGAAAAGUACUGAGAUUAAAUAAAAAGUUUUAAAAACAUUCGCUGAGAGCUUCUUAAAAUUCUCGAGAAAAAGUGGAAGAUGUGUGUAACGUUCCUAUGCGACUUUGAAUGUUUAUAACUUUGGAUGUACACAGCGCAGCAAAAAAAAAAAAAAAAAAAAAAAAAAAAAAAA